AGAUGUUUUAGUGUUUGAGUCAGGAAGAAGCACAAAGUACGAGACAAUAGACUGAACAUCUGGUCCGUAUGCCCUGGAGCCCCUCAGGAGGACGACCUGUAAAUCCUGCAAGGACAACAACUGACCUUCAAAGCAAAGAUGGAGGCCAGCCAGCAACUGCUUUACAUGCAGCAACAUUCUUGAUAAGUCAAAGAAUGUUGUGAAUGAGUGAAUGAAUGUGAAAGAAUGUCAUCAAAAGGAGGUAAAAAGCUGAGUUUGAUGACAUCCUCGAUAUGAAACAAAUCGCCAGAAAGCUGAACAGCAGUUGAAAUGAUAAAUUCUUCUUUAACUUGGGAACGUAAUGUACUCAUUGCUGCUUGUGGCACAGCAGCCAUCGUUUUGCUAAGUUUUCACAAAUUAAUCAAAACGUGCACUCAGCGCAGUAAAACAUGCCUCUGAUAUGUUUAUUUUUUAAUGCUGUUAAAAUGCAGUACAGACUUUGAGCUCAAAUGAAACAAGUGCACAUAAAUUAGAUGAAUAACAGAAAUAAAAAAUCUUUAUUUUCUUUUGGGGCAAAAAUAAAUUGAAUACAAUACUUAUUAUUGUUAUCAUUUAGCAGUGCUGACAGGAAAGUUUCUAAAACGUGAGGGACCUUUAAUGAGGUCAGUCUGCUGCCUUGAACCCUUUAAAACAAGCAGGAAAGGUUUCAGCUCAGUUGCGAGGGACUCAGUCUGACUGCAACAAGUGAAUGUUAGCUUUCACACUGUGGUAUUUUUCACAUUUAAGUUCUUUACCAUAAUUUUCUCUUGCGUAAAUACAUGUUAUUGUUUGUGUAUUUCAUGGUUGAGCUUUUGCAGGAAAUCUGUGUUAAAAUGUAAAAUUUCAUCCACUGAAAUAUGCUGUGGUUGCUUUACAAGCUGAAAUGAAGAUGAAUGGAAACUCAACUCGGCCUUUAUAUUUCAUACUUGCUGCCUACUUUGACACUGGGCUUUUUAGAUAUUUAAACUUUCUUAUUAUCAUAUCUUUAUAUAUUUUAACUGUUUGCUCCAAUUUAUUUCUCAUUGUGGUUAUCUGCAUGAACAGAAGCUUACAUGAACCUAUGUACAUUUUCCUGUGCAGCCUGUUUGUAAAUGAACUGUAUGGUAGUACAGGGUUGUUUCCACUCCUGCUGGUUCAGAUCCUCUCUGACGUUCACACUGUUUCUGUUCCCUUCUGUUAUCUGCAGAUUUUCUGUGUGUACUCUUAUGUGUGCGUAGAAUUUUUCAACUUAGCCAUCAUGUCUUAUGACAGAUAUCUCGCUAUAUGUUGUCCACUACAAUAUAACACACGUAUGACAAAUAACAAAACUGCCACACUUAUUGUUGUGACCUGGUUUUGCUCUUUUCUUGUAGUUUUUGUCACAACAUUCUUAAGUUACUCUUUACAGCUGUGUGGCGACACCAUCAACAAAGUUUACUGUUUAAACUACUCCAUUGUGAAACUGGCCUGCUCUGAAACCAGAGCCAACAACAUUUAUGGACUUUUUGGCACUUUUCUCACAGUGUUUGGUCCUUUAAUUUUAAUCCUUUACACAUACAUGAAGAUUCUUAAAGUGUGUUUUUCAGGUUCUAAACAGACGAGACAAAAAGCUGUGAGUACCUGCACACCUCACCUGGCUUCUCUCAUCAACUUCUCCUUUGGUGUUUGUUUUGAAAUAUUACAAAGCAGAUUUGAUUUGAAAGGUGUGCACAGUAUGUUGCAUAUUGUUUUAUCCUUGUAUUUUCUGACGUGUCAGCCGCUCUUUAACCCUGUGAUGUACGGACUGAACAUGACCAAAGUCCGUACUAUAUGUAAGUCUGUUUUAAAAUUGUGUCGGAAAGUGAAUCAGAUUGAUUGAAAGAAAAGCUCAAAUUAAACAUUCAUGUUUGUGGA